AUGAUGCUGACCACGGGCUCCACACCCGCCCUCGGCCAGCACGUCCUCCGGUCGCACAAAGUGGCGCUAGAGAUCACCUCGGUGGCUCUGAAAGCUGCGGAGGGCGAGGCGAGCUGGGUGGCAGAAGUUGGUGUAGGAGCCGGGGCGCUCACGGCUGCUUUGUUGCAGAACCCGGCCUGUGCAGGGGUGGUGGGCUUUGAGCUGGACGAGCGAAUUUUGUCCCAGGCCCUGGAGAAAGGCAGUGUCAUACGUCGAUACCAUCCGAUUUGCAGGGACGUCCCCGAGGCUGCACGCACACUACGUCGUGAGGCCUGGGAAGACCACCUGACCGGCAGGAGCCGCUGCUUCGUCUUUAAAGGCGACUUCUUGACUUGCCGGGCGGUACCAAGCCGCUGCCGUAUCGCUGUGGGCAACCUUCCCUACAAGAUCUCGACUGCUGUGGUGACUAAGUUGCUGUGCCAGGAGCCUCCCAUGCAGAGGGUUGUCUUGAUGUUGCAAGCCGAAUUCGCCCGCAAGUUGCUGGCAAAGCCGGGCUCAGUGAAGUUCGGACGCGUCUCCGCGCUGGUGCAGGCACUCUGCUCAAAUGCGCAGUUCGCCAUCCCCGGUGUGCUCACCCCAGACGUUUUCUCACCGCCCCCGCGCGUGGACUCUGCUGUGGUCUUCCUGGAGCUGCACCAGGUGCCUCUCAGUCAUCGGGGCGUGGAGGUGCCUGCGGCGGCUUUGGAUCAGCUGCUGCGGCUGCUCCUGGACACGAGGGGCCCGACACGCAGCGAAGGGCUGGAAGUCCGGCUGACGGAAGUGGCGGAGCGGGUGGCUGCUCAGAGCCUUCCUGAAACCUGGCGCCUGGCUAUGGCACGGGCGGGCGUAGAUCCGGCGAAGCCUCCUGUGGCGAUGGGCACCGAAGAGUUCGUGGCCUUGACAGCCGAGCUGCGAAACUUGGGCUUCGCUUCCGAUGCCGUGCAGAGAGAUAUCUCGGUAUCCUCCUACAUUACUCCACCACACCAGCUUCGGGUGCGGCUAAAACCCGGGAAGAGCCACGAGGACCUCUUCGUGGAAGAGGCAGCCUGUAGCUACGCAGCUCUCCGUUUCAAGCUGCGCCAGGAUGAGAAGGCAGCAGAGGUGGCACCGGCGACGAAGGUCCGGAACAACACCAAGAACCCUCUGCACUUCUGGUUCAUCGACAACUUCCUGUCGCCGAAGUUCAAGGUCUGGGGGCGUUUUGACUUGAUUCCGAGUGAGUCGGGGGCUUCCUGGGCAUGUCGCGUGCCGACUGCCACUGCCGGGGCAGGCAUUCAUCCCGCAGAUGGCUGCGAGGCAACCUCUGCUGAUCUGAGUAAGCAGAGGUACAACUUCAAGUACGACUUCGUCACCUACAAGUGGCCCUCGUGGCUCAACCCACAGAGCAUGCCGCCCAGGCGAGAAGCAGCGGCUGAUAUGGGCAUACAAGUGCUCUUCCCGCAGGACGUGCCGAAGAUCAUCUUCAUCGAUGCCGACCAGGUGGUGCGGGCCGAUGUGAAGGAGCUUUGGGACCUGGACCUUAAGGGCAACGUCUACGGCUUCGUCCCGAUGGGUGACACGAACCCUGACACAGAGGGCUUCCGCUUCUGGAAGCAGGGCUACUGGAAAAGCCACCUGGGGGGCAAACCGUAUCACAUCUCAGCUCUUUUUGUCGUCGACUUGAUGGAGUUCCGCCGGACCUCCAUUGGGGAGACGCUGCGGGGUGUCUACAACCAGUUGAGCCGGGAUCCCAACUCGCUGGCGAACUUGGACCAGGACCUGCCCAACUUCGCCCAGCACCAGGUGCCGAUCUUCACCCUGCCCACCGAGUGGUUGUGGUGCGAGACGUGGUGCUCGCAGGAGAGCAAGCAAAGCGCCAAGACAAUUGACCUCUGCCAGAACCCGCUCACAAAGGAGCCAAAGAUUGUGAUGGCGAAGCGUAUCAUUUCCGAGUGGCAAACGCGGCCUCCUCGACAAUUGCUCAUUCAACUUGCAGAUCUUGGUAUCCCCUAA